UUCAAUCUACAAACUUACUAUCUAUAUAUAUUUGACAUGUUAUCAGUACCAGAUUUCCAGGCAAUUGCCCAUAAUUUCUCCAAUGCAUCAUCUACUCCUUAUCCCGCAUGGGCAUUAGGUGGAUUACUUCUUGGUCGUGGUCUUACAAUUCAAAAGCCAAUGACUCCAAUUUCUGGAACAUCUGGUUCUUCAUUUAAAUUCAGUCAAACUUUGGCAACUGCAAGACCUACCAAGGCUUCUUGCUUCACAUUUGGAGCUGCGCACUUGCUUGGUGGAUGGAUAAUCUAUGAUGGAGAUGAACUUAAUGGUGCUGGAUUUAACUUUGCAUGGUCUACGUUAUAUUUGAUUGUCAAUGGUAGGGCUGGUAUUAAAAGUAUUUUCGCUGGAAGAAUUAACCCAUUAGCAUUCAGUUUAUUGGCCUUGGGUAAUGCUGGUAUCUAUGGUAAGAGAUUCUUUUGGCCUUAAACAAAUCAAACAUUUUAAAAAGAAAUUGGGUAACGAUAAAAAUUUUAAUAUGGUUAGGACUACAAUAAAAUUAAAAGUAAAUAAAUUUACUAAAAUGUAAAAGUGUAGUAUUGUCUAUUUGAA